AAAAAUGCCUUCCCCAACUCAUUUAUUAAACAAUUUCGAAAGUUCUUCUUCCCAAGGACCACCUUCAUAUUGUCUGAUUUGUUGUGAAGUUGCUGAUGGACAUCAUUUUGGAGCAGCAGCAUGUAGAGCCUGCGCUGCAUUCUUCCGACGCACAGUCCAACUGAAUAAGGUCCACGAUUGUCCGAAAAAUGGUCAAUGUUUUAUCUUAUCAAAUGUGCGUAACAUGUGUAGAGCCUGUAGGUACGAGAAAUGUCUCGAAGUGGGAAUGCAACGAUCAUCUGUACAACAGAAACGUGAUCAACUGGGGAGGCGAGACGGUUUACCGACGAACCGUGAAGAACCAGUUCUGGACACUAUGCGGAGGGCGUAUGAAAAGUUACUAGUUGUCAGGAAGAAGGUUCAUAACCGGCAGGAGAACCAACUUCCCCGAGCCAUCAGUUUCAACGAGCUUCAAGUAGUGUAUCAAAAUGAGAUGACUGUAAUUUAUCAAUUCCUUUGCGAAGCAUUUCCCGAGUACUCUGAGCUCCUUCCAGACACAAAACGAUCGCUUUUUAAGAAUUUUUUCCUACCAUUCACACUUUUGGAGAGCUCAUAUUAUGGAUAUUUGACGAAGCAAGAAAAUGUGAUGCUCAUUCCUUCGGGCGACUACGUUGAUUUGGCUCAUCUAGAGUCAUAUUUCAACAAUAAUCAUCACACGUUUUCUCAAAAAGACACUAUUUCGAUGUUUGCUCAGCAAUUUCGAAUGCUCCACACUUCUAUAACUGUUCCGUUGAGUGCUGAAAAUGUAGAUGUUAAUGAGUUUCUAGCUCUAGCGGCUAUAAUUCUCUGGGAAUCCGAUUUAGAAGUAGAAGCCGAUCGGAAGAAUGUUCAAGAGGAAGCUGUGAAGAUUAAGAGCGCUAUUAUCAAGGAUCUACUUUUUCACUAUCAAUCUAUAAAUGUAUACGCUGACGUGGCAAUGAGGCUUGGCGCUGUUUUGUCCAUACUUCCUUCAAUUCAGAGAGCCAGUCACCGUUUCCACGAGUAUAUGGAAAUCAAAAAUCUGCUCAAUUUGUAUGCUCUGCCCAAGAAUCUCUACGACAUGUUCUCGCCAACUUCCUGAAUUUUAAUGUUUUUUUUAAAUUUAUUUUCUUAGUGUACAAUAAACAAGUAUUAUUUUU